AUGGCCAAAGGAGAUUACACCCUCGCAGAGGGUUGUCCAUACCCGCGGAAUGACACAAGUGUUCAGCUUCGAAAUGGAGGAGGUGGUGGCUUGGUUCUCCUCCAAGACACACAGCUUAUUGAGACGCUAGCUCACUUUGCCCGCGAGAGAAUUCCCGAGCGGGUUGUCCACGCUAAAGCAGCUGGAGCAUACGGAGAGUUCGAGGUUACCCAUGACUGCACGGAUAUCACUUCUGCCAGCUUCCUUAACAAAGUUGGGAAAAAGACCAAAGUUCUCCUGCGCAUAUCCACUGUCGGGCCAGAACGAGGCUCGGCCGACACAACACGUGAUGUCCACGGGUGGGCCAUGAAGCUCUACACAGAUGAGGGGAAUCUGGACUGGGUUUUCAACAACACUGACGGCACUUUCAAGUAUAUCAAAGUGCACAUCAAGACGACGAUUGGGGUCAAAAAUUUCGAUCGCGAGACCGCGACUAAGGUAGCCGGCGAAAAUCCGGACCAUCUCGUUGAUGACCUCUUUGGGGCAAUUGAAAAAGGAAACUACCCUGUGUGGGAAGUUUUUGUGCAAGUCAUGGAUCCUAAGGAGGCCGAGACCUACAAGUACAACAUCUUUGAUAUGACGAAGGUGUGGUCGCACAAGGACUUUCCUCUGCGUCCUAUUGGUCGUCUGACCAUGAACCGCAACCCCAGAAACUACUUUGCAGACAUCGAACAGGCCGCAUUCUCGCCGUCCAACAUGGUACCCGGAUGGGCUCCAUCCGCAGAUCCGAUGCUCCAAGCUCGCAUGUUCGCCUAUCCGGACGCUGCUCGCUACCGCCUUGGCGUCAACUACCAGCAGCUUCCCACUAACCACGCCGUGGCUCCCGUUUACAGCCCCUUCCAACGUGAUGGCUUCAUGACAUUCACCGAAAAUUACGGCGAAGACCCCAACUAUAUCGGCUCCAUGCUUCAGCCAACCACGUUCCGAGCCUCUGCCACUACUGGUAAACAGGUUAGCACCACACUGACGGAACAUGAGAAAUGGGUUGGCGAGGUUUCAUCGUAUACCAGCAAUAUCCAGCCAAUAGAUUUUGAGCAGGCAGCUGGCCUCUGGAAAGUUCUCGGCCGUGAGCCUGGCCACCAAAACCGGCUAGUUCCCGGGGCUGCUGCGGAGACGACACAGUUCACCUUCGUUGUCAACCAAGACCAACGAAGCGAAGGGUUUGAAGGUGGAGAGGGUGAUGUGCCUUAUGCACUGCAGCAGGACGGCUCUGAUUCCCAGCACCAGUCGGCAGCGACAAGAGGGAUCCCAACCCAGCUUCUCACAGGCCUCAACCAUGCGUUGGCAGGUUGCCAGCUCGAUCCGUUCGACAUGUUCCCGGUACGAUUGACGGCACAGCAUCACAGGCUCCUUCAUCACUGGCUGUGUAUCUACGCAACAAUGAUGUUCGAACAGCCUCCUGCAGACGCCUUCAACCCGAUGCGCGAUGUCUGGUUUCCCCUGGAUCUAUCAAACGCGGCAUCAUUCAAUGCCAUCAUGGCUCACUCCGCUGCUCAUCUCGCACGACUGAACGGCAUCAAGUUCUCCCGCGAGGCUUUCCGCUACAAGGCCGAGGCGCUGCGCAUUGUCCGGCUCUGGAUGCAGGACCCAGCCCGCACUCUCAGCGACGAGGUUUUUGCUGCGGUCCUCCGUCUUCUCACAUACGAGCGAUAUUGGGGUACCGAAGCCGAAUGGCGUGUGCAUCGGGAUGGUCUUCAACAGAUGAUCGAGGCACGGGGUGGCAUCGCAUCACUUCACAGCAACUGGCGGCUCGAACUGGUCACGUAUCUAUACAGCGUUUCCUUGAUGUCCAGGCCAUCGUGGUUUGACAGCUCCAACAAUUUGUUCGAGCUAUCGGAGCAGCCCCAGUCGACCGGUUUGCAGUCUGCAGACAGUGAUGAGCAUCUGCAACGCGUGCGUGGCCUGUGGCUCCUCUCUUUCAUCCAGGACAUGCGCACGUUUUUAGUCGACUGUCUUGCACACGGCAGCCGGACUGUACGCCAGUACAAUGGCGUGCAAGAGGCUACGCUCUUUCUGCAGGCAGACAUGAAGCGUCGCAUGCUCGACCCCAACCGCCUAGAUGAGUCUGAUUUUUGCUCGUCGGCCGAGUUCCAGCGUCUCGCUUGCAUCUUUUUCAUAUGCAUCCUCCUGCAGACGCCAUUGGGUGAGCCUUCAUUCCCAGUCGACAGCAGCAGUGCCAGCAGCAUCAGCAACAUCAGUAGCGUCAGCGGCAGCAUUAGUAGCAUCAGCGGCAGUACCAGCGACGGUGAGACCGAACUGCUGAGCAAGACGAGUGGUCUGGCACUCAUGGAUGCAUUUCUGCUCUCCAGUCGUGGCCAGACAGAAUCAGUGGAAGACCUGUACACGCGGUUGUUUUACCAAUUUGCGGAACUGCCAGACAUUGAUCGGAAGACCAAGUAUGCGCUACAAAUGACACAUGUUCUGGCGUCUCUUAGCAAUGAGGCCCGCCGUGGGGUGGAAAGAUGCCUGUUGCGGAUCAUGCGUCGUGCAUCCGGUGGAGAGGGACAUGGGGGCGACUAUGGGAGGCAGUCAGAAGAGCACUGGACACCAGAUGACUUGCUCUCGUCAAUACGGGGUCUGUGA